AUGACCUCUGAUGAUAACUAUAGCGUCUUCCGAGAAUGUUUCUCGAGCGCAAUCGUCGCCCGAUCUGAGAAACCGAAAACAAGCAAACGGCGACCAAAGGCCAAGCGCAAUGCCAGCAAAGAAGUGAUCUCCGAAGCCGACUCUGGGCUACCUGAAAGAGUCGAUCCGGAGGAAUUAGCUGAAUUCGUCGAUUUCAUCGCGACCGAAGCCUUCACCUCCUUCCCGGAGCCCCUUCGAACCCUCUCGUACGCAGCAAUCCAGCAUAAUCAACAGCUAGCAUCGCUCUACGUCCCCGAAGACACAGAUACACCCCUAGACCGCACCACCCUCGAUUCGCUCUGCGCUACCAUCCCCGGCACAGUGCCAGACACACUUUCAGCCUACGGUCUAGUCCCGGACGCGAACGACCUCCCCGAAUUCCUCUCCCCAAUACUCAGCGAGUACACUACAAGUGUGACCAGCGCACCGCCGGUGUGGAGUAACACGCGCACAGAAGAAUGCGAAAUCUGCGAGCGCGAUUGGAUCCCGCUGUCAUAUCAUCAUCUCAUUCCUCGAGGGGUACAUGCGAAAGUGCUGAAGAGGGGGUGGCAUGAUGAGUGGACGCUGAAUAGUGUUGCGUGGUUGUGUCGGGCUUGCCAUAGCUUUGUGCAUCGGAUGGCGACUAAUGAGGAGUUGGCGAGGGAGUAUUAUACCGUGGAUCUCAUUAUGGAGAGGGAAGAUGUACAGGAUUGGGCCAAGUGGGUUGGUCGGGUGAGGUGGAAGGCGAAGUAA